AAACUGCUGUUCCGACAAUUUUUGAGUAUCCUGCUAGUUUGAAAGUUAAAAAAACUUCAAGAAAAAGGCUAAAAGUAGACAGUGAUGCAGAAGAGCAACAACCUGAAGAAGAAACAUGUUUGGAAGUUUCAAAAAAGCUUCGAUACUUGGGUGAUUUCACGUUAGAAGACAUGGAGGCUCCUUCGAAAGCGCGAAAAAUGUUUUCUAUUGCGGUCAAGGAAAGAGAAAGAAAGGAUGGGACAAUACGAAAUCUCAACCAGCAAAACUGUCGUCUUCAGGAGAAAAUCACAAAGCUUGAGCAGUUUUUCAAUGAACUGAAAAAGAAAUACUGCAUUCCAGAAAAUUCAAAGAGCAGAAUAAAAGUACCGUCCCUUGUAGACAAGUACAAAACCUUGGCUACCACUCCAUUCCCUAUAUCAGCAGUUUUAAUGCCUGGUCCAAAUCCUGAAACAAGAAGUGUCUAUUCUAUAUGGAAAUCCCGAGAUUUAAUCAAAUCAGAGUCAAGCAAGUUCUCAAAAGAGUUUGUCAUCAGAAACACGGCAGAAGGCCUUGACAGCAUAGCGAGUAGUUUACCCCAAAAUACGAGCACAGUAGUUUUUUAUGCUAUCUCUAAAUCAGCAAAUAGGUAUGCGGUCCUGAGAAAGAAAGAAAAUUUUGAUGACAAAAUAUUUUUAGAGAUAUGGACUUCUUCUAGAAGGGAAAAAACUUUUGAUCUGUCAAAGAGAAAAGAACAUGGAAAAGUGAAUGACAAUGGCGUCUUUUCUUGUCUGGAAUGGAGUGCUAAUGAGAAAUAUCUUCUUUACACUGCUGAAGCAAAAAAAUCAAAGACUGAAUCUUUUUUCAAAGAUGCUUAUGUGGAAAAUAAUGAUGAACAAGAUAAAGAAAAAAGUCAGAAAGGAGAAGAAAAUGCAUUCUAUGAAGAUUGGGGUGAAACUCUUGUUGGUGCUCAUCACUCCGUCUUGUGUGUUUUAGAAAUAGAAACGGGAGCUAUAACUGUUAUUGAUGUGAAGGAAGGGGAAACAAAUACUGUCUCAGUUGCUGAGGCUGUUUGGGGCCCUAAUGAUGAAGCGAUAGUUUUCAUUGGAUAUAGAGAAUUUCCUCAAAGAUUAGGCAUAGUAUACUGCCAGAAUAGAAGGAGUUAUUUGUGUUCAGUGAACUGGAGAAGUAAAGAGAUUGAUUUUAUUUCUGAAGGAAACACUUGUAUUAUAAGCCCUCACUUUAGUUCUACGUUUGAAAAUUUAUUUUAUCUCGAGAACAAAGCUGGUGGUCCUCAUCGAAUGUGUAGCAUGUUGAGAAAGAUGGAGUGGAAGACACAAAGUGUUGAAACUGUUGUGGACUUGGUGUUUUCAGCAGAAGGCGACUCAUUUCCGGGAAUUUUUGCUACUGGUUUUCCUCCAAGAUGUCUCACUUCAGAUGACAAAUUAAUUUUCUUUUCAUCCAUCUGGAGAAGUUGUCAGGUCAUAUUGUGUAUUAAUACAGAAACUUCAGAGGUUGUAAAGUUAGGUGUAGAGGUUAAUGGCUACAAGUUUAGUGACUGCAGUGUUCUUGAUGUUUGUGAAGACUUCAUUAUUGCAUCAGCAUCGUCACCUGAUACAGAGCCUUGCUUGGUUCUAGGGAAAAUAGCCUUCAAUGGAAAAAUUUCUGUAACUUGGUUCCUUCUAGGUACAAAUAGCCCUUCAAAAAUUGAAGAAAUUAAUUGGAGGGUUGAAAAACUGACACCAGUUACUCCUAAUCCGCAUUAUGCUGAUUUGUCAUAUGAAAUGAUUGUUCUCACCCCAAAAGAAAAUGAGGAAUCGCCAGUUAUUAUGUUUCCACAUGGUGGACCUCAUUCAGCUUUUACUACAUCUUUUGACAUUUUAAGUGCCUUUUUCGUAAAAUUAGGAUAUACUAUUUGUAAAGUAAAUUAUAGAGGUUCGAUUGGAUUUGGAGAUAGCAGUGUUUAUUCACUUCUUGGAAAUGUAGGAAGUCAAGAUGUCCUAGAUAUGCAACAAGCAGCUGAGUAUAUGAAAAAUCAUCUUGGUUUUGUUAAAAGUAAUUUCGCCGUUUUUGGAGGCUCACAUGGAGGUUUUCUAACUGCUCAUUUAUGUGGCCAAUAUCCUGAUUUUUACAAGGCUGCUGUUUGUAGAAAUCCAGUUAUUGACUUAAGUGCCAAAGUUGAAUCUACAGAUAUUCCAGAUUGGUCAGUUGUUGAAGCUGGGCAUGCUGAAUUUGAUGUAGCAUCAGCCAUUAAUCCUGAUCUUUUGACUGACAUGUGGGAGAAGUCCCCGGUCAGAUAUGCAGACAAAGUUACCACGCCAACACUUAUACUGCUUGGAAAAAAAGAUUUGAGAGUACCUCCAUCUCAGGGCUUAAAAUAUUAUCACAUGUUGCAUGCUCGUGGUGUUCCUGUAAAGUUAUAUCGUUACGAUGAUAACCAUUCUUUAUCAAAAGUGGAUGUCGAAGGAGACAGUCUUAUGCAUUCGGUUUUGUGGUUCAAAGAACAUUUAAACCCUGAAAAGAGUUAAUGUUGUAACAUUAAUAAAAUCUUGAAAUUUCUUUAAUCACCAAAUGGUUAAAGAUCAAAAUAAGUCAAUUUUCUGGUUAAUAACUUUUUUAUAAC